AUGUCUUGCUCCAUAGAAGACAUCCUCGAGCACUAUGAAUUCGACCCUUCAAUCAUUCAACGUAUCUCCACGCGCAAGUUCAAGCCUGCGUUAUCCAUUGAGCCACCAGACCCCGCGUGGCCGGCCCAAUUUGAGGAGAUCCGGACUCGCAUCAAUGACGCCCUCGGCCCAGUCGCUCUGGCCGUGACCCAUGUAGGCUCGACUUCAGUGCCGAACCUGCCGGCCAAGGCCGUCAUUGACGUCGAUGUCACCGUUUCAGAUCCCUCGGACGAAGACGCCUACGCGCCCGCGCUGGAGAAGGCGGGGUUCCAGUUCCUUGUUCGCGAGCCGGAGUGGCAUGAGCACCGCUUCUUCGCCAUGCACGAGCCGUACAACUGCAACUUACACGUUUUCAAGAAGGGGACCGCGGAGCUGGUGAGACAUGUGAUCAUGAAGGAGUGGCUUAUCGCCCAUGAUGACGACAGGGAGUUGUAUGCAAGGACCAAGAUGGAGGCUGCGCAAGUUAGCAAUUCACUUGGGGAAACUGUCAUGGAUUACAACCUGAGGAAGGAGAAGGUCAUUCGCGAGAUUCUUGAGCGGGCAUUCAAGGCAAAAGGGUACCUAAAGUGA